CUGAAAAGGAGUUCGUUCCUAUACUUCGUUCUUGCACCGCAGUCCCGAUAUUUAUAGCAUAUUUUUCAUCUGAUAUACAUUUUUAUACUUAUAUGGGAUAUCUGCUGGUCAUUAUGUAUGCUAUUUUUAUUUAUCCAUUGGACCUCAUCACGGAACAGUGAUUGUGAAGUUUAUUUUCUCCCCGGUACUAAAAUGCCGACGUACACAAUGCUUUGUAGUAGAGCAAUGCUGUAGUCGAACAGAAAGAAAUCCAUAGGACAACUUUUUUUCAUGAUAUAUCACACCAUUAUCAGGUAAUUAUGGGAGAUAACAUCCCGUGCUCCCAGCUAGAUGAGAGACCGUCUGUUGAAAAUGAAGAUUCUGAACAGGUAGAUGAAAAGAUCAGUCAAAUAGUAGAGGAUACACCGUCAGAAGAGGAGGAUGAAGAGGCACUGCCACACUCGGAAAUACUGGACAUCUUUGAAGAGGGGCUGGCACGGCUUGUGCAGGACCCUCUGCUUUGUGACCUGCCAAUUCAGCCAUAGUUGUGGUGCAAAAUGCAACAGUACUGGAUUUGAAGAAGGCCAUCUGCAGAUUCAUGGAGCUCAAACAGCAGAGGGAGGGAGGAGUGAAAUACAUUAGCUGGAGGUAUGUUUGGAGAACAUUUCAUUUAAUGUUCCAAGGGGAGAAGCUUGAGGAUGACAAAACAAAACUAAAAGACUAUGGAAUCAGGAACAGAGAUGAAGUGACAUUCAUGAAGAGGCUGAGGAAGAAAUGACAUUGACGGACAGUCAUUUUCUGCUAUUUUCAACCAAAUUUUCUUGAUCAAAUUAGUAAUCUGUAAUUGAUAUAUGUCAAAUAUUGCUAAACCAAUAGCAUCUUUUUGAAAAUAGAAUGUUUUAUCAUAGUUAACUUGUCAAGCUUGGUAAUUGUAUGUCAGUUUUCUGAUUUGCAAUGCAAAUCAUCUGUUUUCAAAGGCCUUUUGGCUGUUACAUAAUAUGCAAACUAUACCUACAGUAGAAUUUAUGCUAGUUGUGGCACCCUCCAUUUGUCUCUUUUAUUAAAAAGUUAUUACUUUUAAUUACACUUAAUAGUGUAAACACACUUUUGUGUGUUUUAUUUCAGACCUUUACCGUGUCAGCUUGUCUUUGCCCUAUUGGAGUUCUUGAAAAUCAAAGAUUACAUUUUAAGGCCAGGUGGAAAUGUCACCGAAUCACAACAACAUUAGAAGGGGGAGCAGCCAGAAUACGACCAACAAGUCACCAUUUUUACGGUUAUCUUGCAGCCUGGUUGCGUUAUAAGGCCAGCACAAUGGCAGACCGGUCUGAGCAACAGGAGCUGGACAAGAUAUCAAUGAAGUUAAACAGCCUGUCAUUCAAGAAGAAUCAGCUUAAUGACCGCCGUAACAUGCUUAUUGUGCUGCAGGAUUACAAGAGCCAUGUGAACUAUACCAAUGCAGGAAACAGCUCAGCGCAGCAGCAUGAGAUUGAUUGCAUCGAUGCGGAGCUGAGGGAGGUGGCUGAAAAGAUGAAAGAGAUGCAGAACUUGUAUGAUGAGCUUAGCCAAAAACGAAAGAAAGGCGUUAUUCAUCAGAGUGGCUUGUCUGUUUUACCUCAUAGCCCUGAUCCCUACAUUAUUCUAAUUGAAGCCCCACCCAUGACACCAGCUCCCAUUGUGAUCCUGGACGUGACAAAACUCCCCCCGUGGCCGAGCCAAACACAAUGCCCAGAGUGUCGACAAUUCAUCACCACAGAAACUGUCACUUCAAUUGGAAGUGUGAGCUGCUUGGUGUGCAUGAUGUUGGCUAUGAUAGGCUGCUUAGCUGGCUGCUGCUUGCUUCCUUUCUGCACUAAUUACUUUAAGGACGUCACCCACAAAUGCCCUAAGUGUCGAACCUGCAUCCACAAAAUCACAAAGCUUUGAUGGAUAGGUUAUGUGCUGGAACUCAGAAAGAUAAGUCUUUUUCAGGCUCUACCAGAACACAGAACCCAUUCUUGAAUGUAACAGUCCAUAUACCCAUACAGUGCCAUUGUAUUAUACUG